UUUUACGUAUUUCCGGUAUGCGCCAUCCGCCAUUUUGGUUUUUUUUUUAACCGUUCAAGGGUAUCGUGUAGACUCUCAACCUCAGCCGACAAACAUGUACCGCUUCGCCAAAGCAGCUCUAAACCUCAGUGGACAAGCCAGCCGCCAGGUUGCUGUGCGAAAUGCUUCUUCAGGUGCAUCCCGAGAGUUCCAUGCGAAGUACGGCAUGCCGCUGUUGAUUGGUGGAGCAGCGUUUUGCAUUUCAAUCUGGAGCUACGUGAUCACGUCAACUGGCAUCGCAUGGAACCUGUCUCCCGUUGGCAAGGUCCAGCCUAAGGAAUGGAAGGAGUAAUGGGGGAAACAACCAUUUUGUUAAUGGAUAUGCUUUACACCUAAUCCCUGUUGCUCUGAUGUGUCUGUAAAAAUGUAAUAAAUUAAAUAUGAAUACA